UCCUGAGGGUCUUGCCCUUCGAUUGGCUGGCAAAGGAGCUGUUUCUGCUGCCUUAGAAUUGGCUGAAAGUGCAGGAUUAUCUAUUGAUUUGCGGAGAGAACUGAGAGGGCGUCAACUUGUGAAACUUCUUAUAGCAGACCCUCUGAAUGGUGGAGGUCCAGCUGAAGCUUCACGUUUUCUUUCUUCCCUACGUGACACUGAUGAUGCUCUUCCAGUUGCCAUGGGUGCAAUGCAGCUGUUGCCUAACCUGCGGUCAAAGCAGCUUCUUGUCCACUUUUUCCUGAAGAGAAAAGAUGGUAAUUUGUCAGAAGUUGAAGUUUCUCGGCUUAACUCAUGGGCCUUGGGUCUUCGUGUUUUGGCAGCCUUGCCGUUGCCAUGGCAGCAGAGAUGUUCUUCCCUGCAUGAGCAUCCUCAUUUGAUUUUGGAGGUUCUGCUGAUGAGAAAACAGUUGCAAUCUGCUUCUCUGAUACUUAAAGAACUUUCUUCAUUGAGAGACAACAGCUUAAUUCUUACAUAUGCUGCCAAAGCUAUUGCUGUCAGUAUUAGCUCUCCUUCCAGAGAGCCUCGGAUAUCAGUUUCAGGUCCACGGGCAAGGCAGAAGACAAAAACAGGCAUGCCUACAAGGUCGUCUUUUAGUAGCAGUUUGAGUAACUUACAAAAAGAGGCUCGCAGAGCUUUUUCUUGGACUCCACGUAAUGCUGGUGAUAAGACUGCUCCAAAGGACACUUACAGGAAAAGAAAGAGCUCUGGAUUAGCGCCAUCUGAAAGGAUUGCUUGGGAGGCAAUGGCUGGUAUUCAAGAGGACCGUGUUUCAUUGUACCCUGCAGAUGGACAAGAACGGCUUCCUUCUGUUUCAAUUGCUGAAUGGAUGCUUACAGGUGAUCCAAAUAAGGAUGAUGCUGUUCGUUCUUCCCAUCGAUAUGAAAGUGCCCCUGACAUUAUUCUCUUUAAGGUAUGA